GGCAAUUUAAAAUUAAGGCUUGGACUGGACAAGUUUGGCAGUUAAGAAAGCUGAAAGGAUGAAGGCAUUAAUUCUUGUUGGUGGGUAUGGUACUAGGCUUCGGCCACUGACUCUUAGCACACCAAAACCUUUAGUGGAAUUUGCAAACAAACCAAUGCUGUUACAUCAGUUAGAAGCUUUAGCCGAGGCUGGUGUUAAGCAUAUAAUCUUAGCUGUAAGCUAUAGAGCUGAACAGAUGGAACAAGAGUUGAAACAUGUAGAAGAACAGUUGAAUGUGAAGAUCACUUUAUCAAUGGAGCCGGAAGCUUUAGGCACGGCUGGUCCUUUGGCAUUUGCACGUGAUUUACUAUCCCAAGAUUCGGAUCCUUUCUUUGUAUUAAACAGUGAUGUAAUUUGUGAAUUUCCUUUCAAAGACAUGAUACAAUUCCAUAAGCACCAUGGAAAAGAAGGAACUAUAAUGGUCACAAAAGUAGAAGAACCUUCAAAAUAUGGUGUAGUAGUCUAUAAUGCUGAAAAUGGUCAAAUAAACCAGUUUGUGGAAAAACCUCAAGAAUAUGUGUCUAAUAAAAUUAAUGCUGGUUUAUAUAUAUUUAAUAUUAGUAUUCUUAAUAGGAUAGAGUUGAAACCAACAUCAAUAGAAAAAGAAGUAUUCCCACACAUGGCAAAAAGUGCUGAGCUAUUUGCCAUGGAGCUGAAAGGAUUUUGGAUGGAUGUAGGUCAACCUAAAGAUUUUCUAACUGGAAUGUGUUUAUAUUUAACAUCAUUAAAAUAUAAAGAUCCCUCCAAAUUAUAUGAUGGUCCUGGUAUAGUGGGCAAUGUUUUAAUAGACCCCAGUGCUAAAAUAGGUAAUAAUUGUCGAAUAGGACCUAAUGUUACUAUAGGACCUGGUGUAAUAAUAGAAGAUGGUGUAUGUAUAAAAAGAUGUACAUUAUUAAGAGAUGCUCAUAUUAAAUCACAUUCAUGGUUAGAAUCUUGUAUAAUAGGCUGGAAAUGUACAGUAGGAAAUUGGGUCCGAAUGGAGAAUGUAUCAGUACUAGGAGAAGAUGUUAUAGUUAAAGAUGAACUCUAUAUAAAUGGUGGGAGAAUUUUACCGCAUAAAUCUAUAUCAGAUUCAGUUCCUAACCCACAAAUUAUCAUGUAG